CUAUAUGUCGCGCGACUGCUGGGGAGGAGAAAUGCUAUUGAAACAAUCCCCAAUAGCUGUUGCUAUCCAGGCCAGGAUUAUCUUCACAGGCGUGUGCACCUUUUUGGUACAUACUGAUAUCGCAAUAUCUUUUUGAGAUCCAUUACCGUGUAAGUGGCCCAUUGGACUGUAUAAGAAGCGAUUCAUCUUGGGUCAGAAACUGGCAACUACUCUUAUCGCGUCUCUGCAAUUUGCGACUCAUGGCUAGUCCAACUGCUGCGUCCGAACACAACACAUCACACCAAGAGACAGAUACUGCAAUUGACAUAGAACAUGUUCCAGUUGCUGACGAUCCCCGUCAGUGGAGUUAUGCUAGAAAGACUACGACCUUGUGCAUUGUGUCGCUGGCUACAAUGGUGUCUACGAUGGCUUCUAACAUUCAAAAUCCGUCAAACUCUCUGAUAGAAGAAGCUCUGCAUGCAACAAGCAGUCAGAUUAGUUGGACAUUGUCAGCGUACCAAAUCAUACAAGGCAACCUUCCUCUGUUAUGGAGCGCCGCAAGCGAAAUUAAAGGCCGUAAGCCUGUCUAUUUGGUGUCUUCCGCCUUAUUUGUGGUAGGAAGUGCUGUAUUGGCAUUGUCAAAGACCAUUGAGAUGAUGAUCGUUAUGCGGGCACUCCAAGCUGCAGGGUCAAGCGCUGCUAUUUCUAUUUCAGCUGCGACUCUAGCUGAUAUCUACGACCCUCACGAACGAGGGACAAGGAUGGGCAUCUUCUUUGCUGCACCUCUUUUAGGACCUGCCCUUGGCCCUAUACUCGGCGGGUCGUUAUCACAGGUCUUCAACUGGCGCGCAAGUUUCUACUUCGUGUUAAUUUGUGGAGUAGUCACCUUCCUGUCCUUCCUUAUCCUGUUUAAGGACACAUACAGACAUGAACGAAGUCUCAUGUAUCGCUCUGCUUCACAACGCCUAGCUGCCUCCAAAGAACCCGUCCAGAGUGGAAACGAAUCUAUCAUCAGCAAACAAGACUCCAGCACUUCCGCCAAGGAUAUCGAGAAACAGCUCGACCCUCUUCAUGUUCCAGCCACGGUUCCAGUGCUAAACUCUAUGCCAGGACCGAACAAUCCGAGAUUAUCAAUACAGGACGUCAACCCCUUUCCACCAUACUUUCAAAUUUUGUCGCGAAAGAACAACGUUUUCAUUCUUAUCGCUAAUGGACUCAUCUUCGGAUUUAGCUAUUGCCUUUCAUACACGUGCGCCCGCACUCUCGCCAAUAGAUAUGGUUACGAUGCGUGUAGUACUGGUUUAGUCUUACUUUGCCUUGGCGUAGGAAGUGUCGCUGGGAGUGUGAUUGGUGGCCGUUGGUCCGACCGGGUACUUGCGAGCAAGAGAGUAGCAAACGGAGGAAAGUGGUCCGCCGAAAUGCGCCUAGACAGUUCGAAACUAGCAAUGCUGUGGUUACCUCCAUCUGUUAUCGGUUAUGCCUGGGUGUGCGAAAAGCAUGUCGAUGUCGCCGUCGUUUGUAUCAUGCUCGUUCUUAUUGGAUUCACCUCCAUAUGGAUGUAUAGUAGUACAUUGGCAUACCUCGUUGAUGCCAACCCAGGUCGCUCGAGUACAGCGGUUGCCGCAAAUAGCUCGUUCCGAGGGACCCUUGCUUUUGCUUCGGUUAUGACUGCUGUACCGCUUCAAGAUGCUUUAGGAGAUGGGGUACUAUAUACGGCAUGGGCUGGUAUCUUGGUUGCGAUGGAGUUAUCUGUUUUAUUGGUAAUACACAAAGGUGAAUCAUGGCGCAGGGAAAGCGAGGAGCGCGAGCUGAGAUCAGGGAAUUAGAUAAUCUUCAUUUUUAUUGGGUAAGACAGGCGUAGAGUAGGGUUCGAUGACUUGGAACAAGUCUGUAAUUAUAUAUAGAUCAUGUACUAGACUUGUAUAGAAGUUGAUUCGAGAGCAUUUAUC